GCAAGAUGAUAUAGCCUACAUAACUCUUUCACAGAGGAGAGGUUAGUCCAGACAGCAAAGUUAGAGAUAGAAAAAUGGUAUUAAUAAAGUUAUCAUCUCUAGUCUCAGCAGUGUCGUAUGGACAGGCUUUCUUAGGUCUGUGUAGUUUACUUAUUUCCCUUAUUGUUAUAUUGCUGAUCCGGCAGCUUGUCAAGCAGAGGAGACCCCGAGGAUUCCCUCCUGGACCGUCACCUAUCCCUGUCAUAGGGAACAUUAUGUCUCUAGCAACAGAACCGCACGUCUUUAUGAAGAAACAGAGUGAAAUCCAUGGGCAGAUUUUCAGUCUUGAUUUGGGAGGCUACUCAACAGUGGUGCUGAAUGGAUAUGAUGCCAUCAGAGAAUGCCUGUACCACCAGAGUGAGGUCUUUGCUGACCGGCCAUCUCUGCCUUUAUUUAUGAAAAUGACCAAAAUGGGAGGACUUCUGAAUGCUAAAUUUGGCAGAGGAUGGAUUGAGCAUCGUAAACUGGCCUGCAACUCCUUUCGUUACUUUGGCAGUGUUCAGAAGCCCCUCGAACAGAAGAUCUUGGAAGAGUGCAUGUUUUUUGUGGAUGCCAUCGAUGAGCACAAAGGGAAACCCUUUAACCCAAAGCACCUGGUGACCAAUGCUGUGUCAAACAUCACCAACCUCAUCAUCUUCGGCGAGCGUUUCACGUACGACGACUGUGACUUCCAGCACAUGAUCGAGAUCUUCAGUGAGAAUGUGGAGCUGGCCGUCAGCGGCUGGGCCUUCCUUUACAACGCCUUCCCAUGGAUCAAGUACCUCCCCUUCGGAAAGCACCAGAAGCUGUUCCGCAAUGCAGCCAAGGUCUACAACUUCCUGGAGCAGAUCAUCGGGCGCUUCUCAGAGGGCAGAGUGUGCCAGGCCCCGCGCCACUACAUCGAUGCCUACCUGGACGAGUUGGAGCAGAGUGCUGGCGACUUGGGCACCACGUUUUCCAGGGAGAACCUGAUCUACUCUGUGGGCGAGCUCAUCAUCGCAGGCACGGAGACCACCACCAACACCCUACGCUGGGCCAUGCUCUACAUGGCCCUCUACCCCAACAUCCAAGAGAAGGUGCAUAAGGAAAUUAACAGUGUGAUGGGCAGUGGGAAGUCCCCCUCGCUGGAGGACAAACAGAGGAUGCCCUAUGUGGAAGCGGUGCUACACGAGGUCCUGCGCUUCUGUAACAUCGUGCCCCUGGGCAUCUUCCGCGCCACCACUCAGGACACACUGGUGAGCGGCUACACCAUCCCCAAGGGUACCAUGGUCAUCACCAACCUGUACUCUGUGCACUUUGAUGAGAAGUACUGGUGCGACCCUGGAACCUUCUCACCACAGCGCUUCCUGGACAGCAAUGGAAACUUUGUCCGACGGGAAGCAUUCCUACCCUUCUCUCUGGGGAGGCGUCACUGUUUGGGCGAGCAGCUGGCCAGGAUGGAGAUGUUCCUGUUCUUCACCAGCAUGCUGCAGCGCUUCCACCUGCAGUUCCCCCCCGGCACAGUGCCAAGCCUCACCCCCAAACUUGGCAUGACCCUGCAGCCGCUGCCUUACUCCAUCUGCGCCGUCCGCAGGCAGCAGUGACAGAUUCUCAGAAUGCACUUCCCGAAGG